AUGUUCAAGUCACCAAUGUACGAUUUCGGAUACGACAUAUCCGAUUUCUAUGAUGUCCAUGACGAAUAUGGUACGAUGGAAGACUUUGAGGAAUUAAUGGCAAAAGCAAAGGAAUUAGAUAUCAAAAUUGUUCUUGACUUCGUUCCAAAUCAUGGCAGUAAUGAAAGUGUGUGGUUCGAAGAAGCUUUGAGGGGCCAUGAAAAAUAUUUUGACUACUUCGUUUGGGAAGAUGGAGUAGAGGAUGAAAAUGGCACUUUACAUCCCCCGAACAAUUGGAAUAGCGUUUUUCGCAAAAGCGCAUGGGAAUACAGAGAGGAGGUCGGUAAGUACUACUUACAUCAGUUUGUCAUCGGCCAACCAGAUCUAAAUUACCGCAACCCGGAUGUCGUUGAAGAAAUGAAAAAUGUAAUAAGAUUCUGGCUCGAGAAAGGCGUAGCUGGUUUCAGAGUUGAUGCAAUUUCGCAUUUAUUUGAAGUAGAUAAAGAACUAUACGGUGGUAAAUACCCAGAUGAACCGAUAUCUGGACAACGUCUCAACGAUCCAGAACACUAUGAUUAUUUAACGCAUAUUUACACCAAAGAUCAGGAUGAGACUUUUGAAAUGGUGUACCAGUGGAGGGAAGUUUUUGAAGAAAUGAAAGAGAAAGAUGGUCUAACUAGAGUUAUGAUGACUGAAGCUUAUUCAACUCCGCAAGAUACAAUGAGGUAUUUUGGUACUGAAGAUCGAGAAGGUGCUCAGAUGCCUUUCAAUUUUGUGCUAAUUUCUGAUGUAAACGGCGACUCAACAGCUGCUGAAAUUAAAUAUGCGCUUGAUAAAUUCCUUACGUUUAAGCCAAUUGAUAAGCUAGCCAACUGGGUGGCAGGUAACCAUGAUAACGACAGAGUAGCAUCGAGAUUCAGCCCAAAAUUAGUAGAUGGAAUCAAUAUGAUAGUGCUUUUAUUACCAGGCAUAGCUGUAACAUAUAUGGGUGAAGAAAUCGGUAUGGUAAAUGGAUACAUAAGUUGGGAAGACACAGUCGAUCCAAGUGGCUGUAAUACUGACGACCCUAUUAAUUACUGGAAAUCGUCAAGAGAUCCUGAGCGUACACCAUUCCAAUGGAGCGCUGAUAAAAAUGCAGGAUUCACUACUGGUGACAAACCCUGGCUCCCAGUUGCGGAUGGAUACGAAGAGCUUAACGUUGAAGUACAAAGAAUGUCUGAAAGAUCUCACCUCAAUGUUUACAAAGCUUUAGCAGAAUUGCGUACGGAAGCCACGUUCAGAUACGGCAGAUAUGAAUCCGUGGCAUUUAACUCUGAUGUAUUUGCAUUCAGAAGAUGGCAUAACGGAGAGGUCUAUAUAAUUGUGGUUAACUUCAGGGAAGAUCCACAUAUAAUCGACUUCACAUAUUUCGAAAACGUUGAAGGUCAUUUUGAAGUAAUACUUAGUAAUAUUCAGUCAUCGAAGAACAAAGGGGAUCUAUUAGAGGCACAAAGCGUGACUAUAGACGGCAGCGAAUCUUUAGUAUUGAAAUUGGUGCAAUAA